GUUGAAUUGCGAAAAUUGGAGGGAAAAAAAAUACAUUUUAGAAAGAAAAAAAAAAAGUAAAAAGGAGUAGCACUAAGCUUAGACCUUAGUCUCUAAAAAGAGAGGGUAGGUGCAUUGGAUUUACUUCCCCCACGCGAGACCACGGUGUGGUAGUUCACAACACAACAAAUUCUUACAAGUGAUCGAUCGAUAUAAAGAAGAAGACAACAAAGCAAAACGCCAAUUCAGAGAGAGAGAGAGAGAGAGAGAAGAAUAAAAAUAAAGAAAGAAAGCGUGGGUGGGUCUCUCCUCCAACCUUCAAUUUCGCAUUUUCUAUUUCAAUUCCAACAAAGAAACAUGGAGGUGGGUCAGAUGCGGAGACAAUGGGUGGACUACAUCAAAUCCUUGUUCACCGAGGAGUUUUUGGAUGGUCAAUUUCUGCAACUUCAGCAGCUACAAGAUGAGAAUAACCCUGAGUUUGUUGUUGAAGUGGUUUCUCUUUUCUUUGAAGAUUCUGAGAGGAUUCUCAAAGAUCUCUCCUUUUCUUUGGAUCAGCAAAGUGUUGACUUCAAAAAAGUUGAUGCUCAUGUUCACCAAUUUAAGGGUAGCAGUGCAAGCAUAGGUGCACAGAGGGUGAAAAACUCCUGCAUUGCUUUUCGCAACUUCUGCGAGGAACAAAACAUAGAUGCUUGCCUCAGAUGUUUGCAGCAAGUGAAGCAAGAGUACUUCCUAGUCAAGAAUAAGCUUGAAAAUUUAUUGAGGCUUGAGCAGCAGAUAGUGGCAGCUGGCGGUUCGAUCCCUAUGAUGGAACUAAGUUUCUAAGUGAGUGAAAUUUGUAGAGAUGCUUGUAUUGUGAUAAUGUGAUCCUCUUCUCUGUUGAGGAUACUCUAUUUCUCUGUUGUCUCUUGUGAAUGUAUGGAUUUUUAUGUGGAUAGAAGUUUUCAUCCAAUGUACCUUCUUCUUCUUCACAAGAAAACACUUUCAUAAUUUGUAAUCUUUUUACAUGCUUUAAUCAAGGUUAAUGGCACCAAUAUUGAACUUGCCUCUUUUU